AUGAGAUAUGGACAUUUUGAAUAUUGUGUGAAUCUAUUUGCAAAACUCUUUAAAUAUCCAUCUGUAGCAGAUGGUGUCAUCAAUGAUGAGUAUAUAAUAUUUGAUCCCUUGAUGAGAUUCAAUAGAGUAAUCAGACAUGUCAUUCAGUGUACAACCACUGCCAGCAAAGUUGAUAUGAACACAUUUGCAUUGCUCACAACACUCAUGGCAUGGAAGUUUGUGAGAACUUUGAAUGUCAUGCUUGCUUUUGACACAGUUAUCAAGAAAAAGCCUGUUUUAGAUUCUUUGAUGCAGAUGUCAGAUGACAGAUUCUUCAUUGGUGCAAUGAUCACAUCAGUGUGA